UUAUCAGAAACUGAAACAUUAAUCGGGUUUUCGUAAAGUACAAAUGAAGAAAGGAGUUACAACUGGAGAGCCUGCUUUUCGUGUAACACGGGCUCGAGUGGCUGCUAGCCAGUCAUCGAGUUCGGAACUGUUAAAAGAGCAGGGAGUGGGGCGUCUUAUGCGUAAAAACUCUAAAAGGUCGGUGCAAGAUGAGAAUAAAAACAAUGGCGUUGCGACAGGUGGUGUUCAGAAUAAGAGGAGAGCAGUACUUAAAGAUGUCACAAACAUGUGUUGUGAUAAUUCUUAUAAGAACUGCAUAGUUCCAGCUAAAAUUCCGAAAAAGAAUAGUGUGUUGACUAAAAAAAAUCCAGUCAAAGUUCAACGAGUUUCUACUAAAUCCGAACCAAUGAAAUGUGACGAAAGUAAGAGAGCUCACAUUCGAUCUACUCUCCCGAAAGUUCCGAACUCGAUGACUGGCUAGCAGCCACUCGAGCCCGUGUUACACGAAAAGCAGGCUCUCCAGUUGUAACUCCUUUCUUCAUUUGUACUUUACGAAAACCCGAUUAAUGUUUCAGUUUCUCUUCGUAUCAAACUCCUAGCUUCGAAACGGUGCGGGCCGAAACGGUUCGCGUCGAAACGGUACGCAUCAAAACGGUUGGAUUCGAAACGGUGCGUGUCGAAACGGUACGCAUCGAAACGGUUCGCGUCAAAACGGUUCACGUCGAAACGGUACGCGUCGAAACGGUGCGCGUCGAAACGGUGCGCGUCGAAACGGUACGCGUCGAAACGGUGCGCGUCGAAACGGU